AUGGAUACUCUACUUCAUAACUUACCCCUCUACUCGCAUGUUCGGCAAACACGGCCUUUAGAGCCUCUUUCGUUCGGUAAAAAGCUGGAUUUAAUUCAACUUGUCGACAAGUUCAGUCCUGAAUUCAGUCCUGGGGCUUUGUCAUUAUUCCAUCCUUUGUAUUUCAACGGCCAUUUGCAGACUGUUGCGGCCGCAGUCAAGACAUUCGAGGAUGUUGAUCAUGUAUACUACAAACGUCUGGUCUUGAACUGUAGCGAUGGAGGAGAGGCUACGGCUGAUUUUAGAGUAGAACCUUGGGAUUUGGAAAAGGACUCCACGACAGAGGUGGAAUAUCACCCUCCAAAUCAAACCAAGAAGCUACAGCCCAGAUACAAAUUUUUUACUCCAGCAGAACUGCAGACUUUGACAAGCAACGACUCAAAACCGAUGCUCAUAGUCUUGCAUGGGCUCACAGGCGGUUCUCACGAGUCUUACGUUCGCAGUUUGGUUAACAAAAUGACGGGCAAAUUUGGAUUUGAGGCUUGUGUUCUAAACUCUCGCGGCUGUAGUGAGUCCUGCAUUACAACACCACAGUUGUAUAACGGAGUGUGGACCGAUGAUAUCCGCGAUUUUAUCAAAAAACUCCGUGGCCUUUUCCCCCACCGUAAGUUUUAUCUGGUCGGUUUUUCGUUAGGUGCCUCCAUCGCAACCAACUAUCUGGGUCAAGAAGGUGAAAACAGUGAGAUCGAAUGCGCGGCGAUUUUGGCAAGCCCGUGGGACCUGUGCAAUGCUUCUUACCACAUGCAUCGUUCAUUUAUUGGGCGUCAGCUCUACGGCAAUCACUUUUCCAAAAGCUUGGUCAAGAUGUUGACUGACAACCUUGAAAUCCUGAAGAAGGAUCCAUAUAUGGCCAAGUUGUACGCCGAAAAGCUUGACAAAGUAACCUCAGUGGAGCAGUUUGACAACUGGUUUACAUCCCGCAUGUUUGGUUUCAAUGGCUCAUACGAAUACUACCGUUAUGGAACCAGCUCUAAUAGAGUUCCUCUAAUACGAACCCCUACACUUGCGAUUAGUGCAUCCGACGAUCCCAUCGUGGGACAAGAGUCGCUCCCAACCCGCGAAAUUGAGGGCAAUCCAUACACUUUGCUCAUAGAGUCUAGUAAGGGUGGCCAUGUUGCUUGGUUUGAUGCAAGCGGAGAACGUUGGUAUGAAGUUCCACUCUGUAAAUUCUUCAGCGCUUUCCACACGGAAAUCGCUGCAAAGGGACUGAAGCCAGACCUAGACUCCGUAACACUACCUCACAAAAACAAGUUCAAGGGUGAUCGACUCGUAGAUGCUACAGUCAGAGAUUAUUGA